CGGAAAAUACGAUCAAUCAGUUUAUUGGAUUCCGAUUUCGAAAUUUGAAAUCCAGCGAAGCAGGAAUAUCACCAAGAAAUGCAAUUCUUCGGAGGAACGGAGAUAAGCCCGUCGCUGCCGGCGUCGACGGCGUCGGGGAACAACGGGCACAUGAUGUACGUAUUCAACCGCAACGGCGUCUGCCUGCUCUACCGCGAGUGGAAUCGGCCGCUCCAUACCCUGAACCAGCAGCAGGAUCACAAGCUGAUGUUCGGGCUCCUCUUCUCCCUCAAGUCCCUCACCGCCAAGAUGGACCCCACCACGCCGGACAAGGCCAACCUCGGCGUCCCUCAGCUCCCCGGCCAGGGCUGCUCCUUCCACAGCUUCCGCACCAACACCUACAAGCUCACUUUCAUGGAGUCCCCUUCUGGCAUUAAGAUUAUAUUGGUUACACAUCCUAGAACUGGUGACUUGAGGGAGUCUUUGAAGUACAUUUAUAACUUGUAUGUCGAGUAUGUUGUGAAGAACCCGCUCUACACUCCCGGAACUCCGAUCAGGUGUGAGCUAUUCAACACAACUCUUGACCAAUACGUCAGGAGCAUUUCAUAGAAGGAAAAGGGAAGUGCAUUGGAAAAUUUCACCUAUAUGUGUUGUGCUUGGAUACUAAAUCAUGUCUAGGCUUCUUUUCUGCCCACAUUUACUCUUACCCUGGACCGAAGCCAAUGUACAUUUGGGUUCAUUCAGAACGUAGGUUAUUGAAUCUACCAUGUAGAGGAUAUUUUCUGCAACUUGAUUCUAAAAGUUUUACAAUGAGAUAUGAGCGUACUUUUUCAUCGUGUGGACUUGAUGUGUUCAGUGUCAUCAUGUAGUGUCCUAUUUGGUUAUGACAAAUUGAUUUAAUGCUUGGAAGCAUGAUUUGUUAA